GCCGCCAGCUGGCAGACGAUGAGCGACUCUCCGUAAUUGUUCCAUCCGCGACGUAAAUAGAUCCCACAUGUAAUCGCGAAUAACUUUCAAAGUACCAUUAACUUUGAUAAAUAAUGACAGGUUUUAUGUUUGACUAGUCGAUACCAAUAAACGACAACGAAUUUUCUUUCGAUUCUCUCCGAUUUUCGCAUCGAGAGAUUCGAUGCUACCGCGUAGGAAUAUUACAUUGGCGUCGACCUGGCCUCAGCUGUUUCCCGCCAAACGCCGCUACCAGAAAACUGCUGUGAGGCGUAGCGUAUGCUGGUUGUCCCGCGCUCCAGCGUACUAUAAGUGAAUAGUGAUUUAAUAAGUUUACAUUUUAAUUGUCAGUGAUACGGACUGUUCGAUAAGUGGAAAUUAUGUCUUUUCACGUGAAAGAAGAGAAAGUGUUCGAGGAGAGUGCCGACGACAAGAAGGACAUUUUGGAGAAUUUGGCCAGUUUGAUAAACAAGGGUGGCGAACCGCCCACGGCUAUGGAGAAGGAGAAGCGUAUGCGGAGAGAGAUCGCCAACAGCAACGAGCGAAGGAGAAUGCAGAGCAUAAAUAAUGGUUUCCAAGCGCUGAGGAUCCUUCUGCCGCACCACGAAGGCGAAAAAUUGAGCAAGGCGGCGAUUCUCCAGCAAACCGCAGAAUACAUCUAUGUUCUGGAGCAAGAGAAGACGAGGCUCUUGGCGCAGAAUUGCCAGCUCAAGCGGCUCAUCAACCAGCACGAAGGAGGCGAACUACCUCCUAAGAAGAGAAAGACUGAUUUGGUUAUACCAUCGUUGACGGUUGAUUCGGCCGAUGAAGGUUUGGGCUCGAUGUCGCCCGAACUGAUUGCCGCCGUUACCACCCCUGCCGACUGCUCGACAGACAUGAAGAUGCAACUCGAGAGGGAGCGAGGAAUGAGGUUGAUCCUGGAGGAUCAGGUCCGACAGUUGGAAGCGCAGCUCUUCCAGCAGCAACAGCAACAGCAGACGGCGCAGAUAUUCGAGAUGGAAGAGACGGAAGCGAUCGGUCUGCAACUGGUGGCGGCCGACAGUCUGCCCCCCGUCGGACACACGCAGACGGUGGUGUGUUCGCCGAUGAAUUCGAGGAGCCCGAGUCCGGUGGCGAUCGUUCCCGAGCAGCGGAUACCGUCUGUGCUGGAGGCGGCCAUCAAUGCUGAACCUAAGGUGGAAGUAGAGAGGCUACCCUCUCCGAACACAUCGCCGCACAACGACGACCCGAACCGCAUGUACAAACCGAACACGUCGCGGCAGAACCUGGAGACCAUCGUCGAGGCGAUUCGACACCUCGAGGGCGACCACAUGUUCGACGAACCCCAAAUCCAGGAAGUUCCGCUCGCGCUGACGACGACGCAGCGGACGCCCGAACAUGUUCUGAAGGCCGAUAUGCAGGCCUACCUGGAGUUCAACUCCUCGACGACUACGGCGGUGGCGAGCAUCGUCCAGCAGCACCAGCACUCGCGGCCGGGGGUGAUCGUCGUGAAACAGGCAUCGUGAUCGAAAAUUAUCCACUUUGCCGGCGCGCCCCUUCCAGCGCCGCCGUCGAAGCAGGGAUUCCAAGAGUAGCGGCAUCGGGACGGAACGCCCGACCCGGCAUAACGAAAUGUUAGACGAUGACGUUUCGUAAGAGCCGCCACCGCCUCCACCAGGUGUCGGCCGGCCUUUUGAUGUGAAUGUUAUUAUUUAUUAUUCUCUUGUUGUGACCCCAUCUGAAUCGAAAUUAUAAACGUUUACCAACGACUAAAGGUAUUGUCGAAGGUGAGGUGAUGAUUGUUGAAUGCAACAUGAAGUUAGGUACAUUCGAAUUUCAACUGGUGAUAUUAAAUCAAACCAUCAUUUCAUUCAUAUCUGUGAUGCAAACUUCGGAAGUUUGUUAUAAAAAUCGUGGAAAUUUAUAUAACAAAAUAUAGAAGAUUUCCUUUGUUUCCUUCAUCUCUAGUGACAAAAUCUUUGACUGAAUCUACUCGAUUUAUCAAGCAAUGGUUGAAUAUUGGUAUUGAAAAGAAGAGUCGAAAUUGCACUUUGAUUUUUGUUGUCAUAUCUCGUUGAGUAUUUUCACUAUACACAAGGUCAUACACUAUAUACAAGUUGAUCCUUGAAAAGUAUUACAUACUUUUCAAGAAUGAACUUUGUCAUUUCUUCGAAUAGGAAAUUCUGUGUAAUUACCUCGAGUAACAUUUCCAGUAACAGUUGAAAUCAGUCUAGUUGGAUAAACUGAAAAUUACAUGAAAACAACAAACAUGAAUAAAAUUUGUUGGAAAUAAAUAUUUGUUUUCGGCUUGUUAAAAAUAAGUUUUGGGCAGUUGAUUAAUUUAUCUAUGGUAUUGUUAUAAAAUGGAUCUAUUACUAAGUAAAUUAGUAUGUUGGUACUAAAUUGUAUCUGGAUGGGAUCUUUCAGUUCAGAACUUUCUAAAAUUUCAAAGAUGUCAUACAUUUUGGUUAUUAGUUAUUCCUUGAGAAAUUGAACAAACUCAGCUUUAUUGUUGAAAGUAUUAUUCGGUUUCAGUUGAAAAUAAAACUUUCUCAUCGCCGCUUAGUGUUGGAGUCAAUGCAAAACUGAAGAAAAACAGAAAAAUGGGCUACAUUACUAUAUGGCUGUGAUGUUAUGUUUCAGACGUGACGGUUUUUCUGUGGUAGACAUUGUCACAUACAAUGCACAAAUUGUCAUAUGAGACAUUGCAUAAGUAUGUAAAUAAUCGAAGUUGAACUUCCAUCAUCCGAAACUCGAAUCUUAAUGAAAUAAAAAUUUGGGACUGAAAUUUCAGGGUGGGUUACUUAAUGUAGGUAAAAAAACAUGAAAAUGAUGAAAUAAAAAAUGGAAAUUAAGAAAAAGUUGAAGUUUGAAAAACGACAACAAAUAUUCAAUGCGAAAGUCAUAUGCUGACAUUUCUACAGUAAAUAAUAUUCUUACUGGUUACAUUUUUGAAGAAAUUGCGGAUUAUUUUCGUCCUAUGUCUGAUGAAAUGUAAUGUCUGUAAUGAUGAAAAACAUUUCCGUAGUUAUUCUGGUGCCUUUAUUUUUCAGUGUCUCAUUUCAAUUCCAUUUUCACUAUCUAAGUAUCUUGCAUUAAUUCUGUAUACGAGUAUUUACAAAAAAUAUAUUAAAAACAACACACCAUCAUCUCACCUUCCAGUUAACAGUAUUGAAAAAUAUUUCUCUAAAGCUUUGUGCUUCCAAGUAAAAAUAAUGAUUUCGUGAAAUGCUUGAAAGAUAUGCAAUACUCAAUCGAUAGGAAUUUAAAGAAAUUAUUGAUGAGUUUUCUGUAAAAUUAAUCUUUCCUUCAUCGAUUCAUUAAAAUAUAGCAUGAGUUGUAUCAGUACAACCUGUACAAGAAAUUAAAUAACAUUGGCUUUAUAAUAAUUAUAUUAAUUUGAAAUGCUUUUUAUCAGGCGAUUUUUCAUAUUUUAUCAUAAAGCUAUCAUUAUUUUUCCUUGCUAUCUAAAUGAGGAUUUGCAGAGAACUGUGAAUCAUGUUGGUAUUGAAAAAAUUAUAUUGUGCUUUACCGUUAAUCUAACCAGUUGUAAAAUUUAUGUGGGUGGGGUUGAACGCUCCAAUGAUCAGCUCGAUCUUCUGAUAUAUAAAUCCAACAUGACGAUUUUUUUAUGAUUUUUUGUUACUUAAAAGAGUAAAGGUUUCUUUUUAUUUGAAACGCCAAAAAUAUAUAUUUAUCAUUAUUAGAAAAUAUAGUGAAACGUUUUGUUCCUUUUUUGUACAUAUUUUUAAUUAUAGAUGGUCGCGUAGUCACGACCUCAUAGGACUAGUUUGUAUUCAAUGCACAAUCUGAAUGCAUGAAAGUAAUUUUUUUAAGUUUGUUUUUUUUUUGAUGGUUUUAACCUGAGUGGACUUGACUCAGAAUAGGAAGGAAUGGCGGAAAGAUUCCUGGAAACCGAUUUAGGUUCAAAACCUUACAUUUGAAAUCUCCAGAUAUCGAGAAUUUUUUCCAAAAUACGAAAUUAAGCAACGAAAUCUUGUGUGAAAUUUUUGGCGGGGAAGUAAACACAGUUUAGAAAAAAGUUGGGCUGGCAUUUUGGGAUGUAAUAAAGAAAUUUAAGAUAGAAGUGAAUAUGCUUCUCACUUGGACAACUCGAUAUAUAUUUGGUGAUUUUGAGUGAAACAAAAAUAUUUCAGUUAACUUUUUCGUCAUUUUUUCAUGUUGCUAAGCAACAUUCCAAAGAAUAUCACUGUCUUCCUGGAACAUUUUUUUAGUAAUCAGAAAUACCUUUUUAUCUGUUUUCUUCAAAAGAAAGUGAAUUAAAUUUGGAUUUUAAAUAAACUCAAGCAAAUACAGAAAGACUACAGAAUAUUUUUCCAUAAUCGACAGCUCAGACUGCACAGUGUACAAGCAUAAUCGAAUAUUCAGCCAUAAACAAUUGAUUAUGGUUAAUCUCCAGGAUGAACGUCGAUUAUGGUUAAGUGUUAAUUAUAAAAAAUGAUCUGUGUCCGUCAAUAUUUUUAUAGAUUUCCCAUUUUUUCAAAGUUCACAAAGUUGACGAAUAAAGUGGGGAACAUCAGUAUUUUUUCCAUUGACGAUUUAGGGAAGUGAAGCCUGUGGUAUUUAUUAGCGAUAAUUACAAGAAAUGACAAAUUUAGUAUUUAUUUUUGAAACCAGUGAAUUUCUUGAUAAUUACAAAAAACGAGAAAAAAGAUUUAAUCAUUCAAGUCCACGCAGGAAUGUACUCGUAUGUAAUAUUUAUCUGCAUCUUGUACAUAACUUGAAAAUUUGGUAUACGUAUGAUGAAGUUUGAGAAUAAUUAUAAUUGUUUUUCGUUAUUUCGUAGAUGACUAGUUAUAAAGUUUUUUCACUGACCAGGACACACACAUACACAGAAACAGUAGGUUUAUUCGUUAUAUUUCAUUGUUUAGAAACUGUCGAAUAUUUGUUUCCGCCACUUUAUUUGUAUUUUUCUUUUUUUUUAAUAAACUAAUUUUUUUUUAA